UUUCUCCAAGCUCGCUGCAAGAACCAAUGAGAGCAGACUGGAGACAGCCUCUUUUCCGGGCUUUGCUGGCCUCGUUAAGAGCCGUCCCCUUCCUGUUCCUCCUCUUUCCCCUCCUCCUUCCCCUCCUUUUCCCUUUUGCAGCUUUGCUGCUGUGCUUCCUUCGCGGAUCCUGCCGCCGCUUUCAAAAUCCAAACUGUGCAGGAGGAGGAGGAGGCUUGCGAUGCCCUCCUUCUAAAGGCUGCCACCCUCUCCUCCCUUCGCCGCCAGACCUGCAGGAAGAUGACAGCUCCACCAAGAAGAGCUCGAACAGCACCAAAACCGAGCAUUGCAGAAGAUGAACUACCCUCUUUCCUCAUAUCAUCCUCGGAAUCAGAAGAAAAGGAAGAAGAUGAAUGGCAGCCUCAAAAGAAAGCUGUGAAAAAAGCCACUGUGCCAAAACCAAAGGUGCCCAGGGUGAGAAAAAAUGCCACAACCCAGAAGAAACCAACCGUGGCUAGGAAGAGGACUAAGAAGGUAGCCGUGAAAGAGGAGCUGGACACUUCUUUGCCUGUUAUGGCUCCUGGGAUGAAUGAAGGAGAGCUGCAGUUACAGCAGCCUAAGGAAGAGAAAGAAAAGAAGCCGAGGCCUUCUUCCAAAAAGCUCCCAGUGAAAAGAAGCAGUGUCCAACCAGGACCUCCUGCCUGCAACCUGGAUGGUGCGGAAGGACCCUCCACAAGUAUAGCAGCGGCUAAACAGCAAGUGAAGUUGGAAGAACCAGAAGAAGAUUUUACAUUUGAUGAACCUCCUUUAAAAAAAAUUAAAUCAGCAGCAUGUCCUCAAGGGACUCCUAUAAAAUUUGCAGCAAGUGCCAAUUUGAAUGAAGAGCAUAAAAUGAAUUGGGACAUUGUGAAGGUUUUGUCGCAGAGGACUGGCAUAGAAGAGUGGGUGUGUGCGAACAUCAUCCGCCUUUUUAAUGAUGACAAUACUAUCCCCUUCAUUGCCAGAUACCGCAAAGAGCUUAUCAACAAUCUGGAGGCUGAUGCCUUGCGUGAAGUGCAACAAGUGCUGGAAGAACUGCACUCUGUAGCAAAAAAGGUCCAUGGAGCAAUACAGAAGCUUAAGAAAGAAGGGAAACUGUCUGGAAAUCUUUUAACAGCCUUGCUGAACUGCAGAACUUCAGAGGAACUUGAUCAUGUGUAUGCGCCAUAUAAAACUGGAAGCAAAGGAACUAAAGCACAAAGAGCCAGACAGCUGGGAUUAGAACCUGCAGCCAAUUUGCUCAUUGAGAACCCAAGAGAACUCAACCUGCUUUCAUAUGUCAAGGAAGGUGCUGAAGGACUUUCCACCAUUGAGGAAGUUAAAUCGGGAGUACAGCACAUCCUGGCUGACAUGAUAGCUAAAGAUAGAGAGACACUGGAUUUUAUCAGAGAUUUGUGCCAAAGACAAUACAUUUGCCUUCAGUCAGCCUUGGCCAAAGGGACCUCCCAAAAAGCCAAUGAAAAAGAUGUCAACAAAUUUCAUCUCUACAAGAAUUUUUCUUGCAAUGUAAAGAACAUUCACCACCACCAGGUUUUGAGGGUUCUGAUUUUGACAACAGUAUGGAAUUUGAAGAGUUGGCUACUGAUAUCCCAUAUUUUAGCCAUUAACCGAGGGGAGAAUCUGAAAAUCCUGACAGUAAAGGUCAACAUUCCUGAUCGGACGAAAAAUGAAUUCUCUAGGUGGUGUGUAAAUGAAAGGUGGAGACCAAAAGCAUUUGCAAAGCCUGAAUUAAUGCAGCUCCUACGUGAUUCAGUGGAAGACUCUUAUAAACGCCUGAUAUAUCCACUUCUUUGCAGAGAAAUAAGAUCAAAAUUAACUUCAGAUGCCGAGAAAGAAUCUGUAAUGAUGUUUGGAAGGAACCUCCGUCAGCUCCUCCUUACAAGUCCCGUGAGAGGACGAACCUUAAUGGGAGUUGAUCCUGGCUACAAACAUGGUUGCAAAUUGGCCAUCAUUUCUCCAACAAGUCAGAUCCUCCACACCGACGUUGUCUAUUUACAUUCAGGUAGAGGAUUCCAUGAAGCUCAGAAAAUACGAAAACUUAUGUUGGAUUUCAAUUGUGGCACAGUUGUGAUUGGGAAUGGAACAGCUUGCAGGGAGACGGAAGCUUACUUUGCUGACUUAAUUAUGAAGAAAUACUUUGAACCAUUGGAUGUCACUUACUGCAUUACCAAUGAGGCGGGUGCAUCUAUAUACAGUGUUAGCCCAGAAGCUUGUAAAGAGAUGCCUGAUUUAGAUCCCAACUUACGAAGUGCAGUUUCCAUAGCUAGACGGGUACAGGACCCAUUAGCUGAACUAGUGAAAAUUGAGCCCAAACACAUUGGAGUCGGAAUGUACCAGCAUGAUGUAUCUCAGACCCUGCUCAAAGCAACCCUGGACAGCGUGGUGGAGGAAUGUGUCAGUUUUGUAGGAGUUGAUAUUAACAUCUGUUCAGAAAUAUUAUUAAGGCAUAUUGCAGGGCUGAAUGCCAACAGGGCUAAAAAUAUUAUUGAGUGGCGAGAGAAGAAUGGCCCAUUUAUCAAUCGGGAGCAGCUCAAAGCUGUCAAAGGACUGGGCCCAAAAUCCUAUCAGCAAUGUGCUGGCUUUAUCAGGAUUAAUCAGGAAUAUAUCAGAACAUUUUUAAGUCAAACAAGCGAGCUUGCAGCUGGGAAUCCCAAAGAAGCCACAAAUGAGAAACAGGGUAAAAAGAAAAUUAAAGCAGCGGCAAAUGUCACUUGGCAGCCAGAUCCGUUGGAUCAGACUUGCAUCCACCCAGAAUCAUAUAAUAUGGCAAUGAGGUUUCUAACAUUCAUUGGAGGUAGCCCCAGUGAGAUAGGAAAGCCAGAAAUGCAGCAAAAAGUGAAUGUGUUGCUUGAAAGAGAAGGGAUGGAAGGAAUAUCAAAAAGGCUGACUACAACAGGGCAAACUCUACAAAUAAUCAUUGAUGGGUUGACACAACCUGAAGGCUUUGACAUCCGAAAAGAUUUUGACAAACCUGAUUUCAAGAGGAGCAUUGUUUGCCUUGAAGACUUAAGUGUUGGAACUAUACUCACAGGAAGAGUUGAGAAUGCUACUCUCUUUGGAGUUUUUGUUGACAUUGGAGUUGGUAAAGCAGGACUGAUUCCAAUGCACAGGAUAACAGAAGACAAGCUUCCAAAAGCAAAGAAAAGAAGAAGUCUCGCCCUGGGCCCAGGAGAAAAAGUAGAAGUUAGAGUAUGUGACAUUAACAUUCCUCAGUCCAGGAUAUCAUUAGACCUCAUACGUGUUUUAUGAACAUUUUGUUGGUACUUUUCUCUCAAGGGCUAUAAUUCCACCACAAUGAGCAGAAUGCAGUAAGUAAAUGAAGACCAGUCCAGAUGGAUAGCAAGCCAAACAUUUGUGGGAGUGUGUUAGGUUACCUAAAAUCUCAGGAUCAAACCAAAAAUCAUACAAAAUCCACAACUCUAGAAAUUCAAUAUCUUGACAUUCUGUUUUAAACUUUGUUGUGUUAACCAGAAUGUUUUGAUUUCUAAAGAUGUUUUUCCAUAUCUGUGAGCUGAUGUAGUUUCUGUUCCAUGCUUAUAUUUAUACAUUCUGAUUUUGUUGGCCAGCAUAUCCACUUUAGUACCAUAAAAAGGGACAGUACCAUCAGAAGGUGUCAAAAGAGAAAGAUGCCCUACCAGCUUACAAACUAUAGGAGGCAGCUGAGCAACUUCUUUUACUGGUAGAACCAGCUUUUUUUCCCAAUUGCUCUUUCACCACUUCAUGCUGCUUCAAAAAGUGUUUUUUGCCAACAUUACAAGGUCGGCAUAAUCCUUAAGAUGCAACUUAAAAUGCUCACAAUAUUAUUUUGGAAAUUUAUACAGAUAUUAAGAUGGAGGAUUGCUGUAAGUAAAUCUUAUGUCUUGGCCAUAAGACUUCAAACUUCAAGGUGAAGACUUACAUACCUCAAUUGUCUUUCAUUUAAAACAGCGGGUUGAGUUUUGCGCUAGUUCUGGGUAUUUGCUUACUGGUUUCAUUGUGAACAAAUCUUCAGCUCCGCUCCAAAAGGAUUGGUUCUAUGGUUCUGUUAGCUACUUGUAGUUUGUUUGUUUUGUUUUUAAAAAGGAAACUGAAUGUAAGUGUGACGUAGUGCAGAAUAAUAUGAAGAAUGAUAUUGUUCUAAACGGAAGUAAAAUACAAAUACAUUUUAAUACAUAUUUUGAGCAUGAAAUGUAGUUGUUAAUUUUUUUUCUGGUUGCUAGCUUGUUGCAGAACAGUUGCUCUCAAAAAAGCAAAGAAAUAUUGUUUAGUGGUUUUUAAAAUAAUCAUUUAUUAUUAUUAUUAUUAUUAAUAAUAAAAAAGAUAAAACCCAGA